AACCAAUCAAGAUUAAUCCUUACCUCGUAUCAAAGAAAUCAGCCGUCCAUUGCUAGUGUGGAGCUCCUGUGAUAUGACUGCCGUGUUUCGUGUUGGGCUGGUGCGGUUAGUCAGCCGCGGAGCCGCCGCCUCUGGUCCCAGCUCCAAUGCUCUGCUGAAGGCCCAGACGAACGCUUUGCCAGCUGCCUUCAUGCAAAAGUGCAAUAUAUCUGGAAAAACUAUGCGCGGUGGUCCUCGGGUACCCAAGGCGGCACCAUAUCCGUAUAAGACCAAGAAGUAUAGCGUGAUUAAUGCAUUCUUCGACAAGACAUCCAAACGUUUCGAUGAGAAUUCGAAAGUGAUUUGCGUUGAGGGUCCUGUGGCGGCGGGUAAAACGAAAUUCGCCAAGGAGCUGGCCGAAGAGUUGGAUAUGCAAUAUUUUCCAGCUGUCGAUAUGGAUUUAAUCUACAUUAAUCCCUAUGGCUAUGAUAUGCGUCAAUUGGAUGCCCAAAUGCCGCCCAGUUGCCGGAGUUUUGAUGUGAAAAACUUCUGUCAGGAUCCCAAUCAUGAUCUGGCUGCCUUGUUCCAGAUACGCAUGUACAUGCUGCGUUAUUCGCAAUAUAUUGAUGCACUGCAGCAUAUAUUCUCCACUGGUCAGGGUGUUGUGCUCGAACGUAGCCCCCACUCGGACUUUGUCUUUAUGGAGACCAUGUUCCGUCAGGGUUAUAUUUCUCGCGGAGCUCGCUCUGUGUACAAUGAAAUCCGUCAGAAUACCCUGGGUGAGUUGCUGAAGCCGCAUUUGGUCAUCUACUUGGAUUUGCCCGUUGAUGCCGUGCAGAAACAAAUCAAGUCGCGUAAUGUGGACUACGAGGUCAGCUCCAAAGUGUUCAGCGAAGCCUAUUUGCGUGAUCUGGAGACACUGUACAAGCAGCAGUAUCUCAAGGAUAUUUCCAGUCAUGCAGAGCUCCUUAUCUACGAUUGGACAGCUGGCGGUGAAACCGAGGUAGUAGUUGAGGAUAUUGAGCGUAUCGACUUCGAUCAACACGAAUCGGAUCCGCAUAACAAGAAAAUGCUCGACUGGCGCUUCCCCUUGGAGACCGAAUGGUGCGAGGCUCGCAUCAAAUAUUGUCACGAGAAGCCCGAUCUGAUGAACUAUUUCAAUGUACCACGUUACGAUGUGCCCGAACUGCUGCGCAGUGCCGAUGACAGCAAAGUCUGGCGCGAUGUCUGGUUCAAUGCGCCCGGUAUGAAAUACCGACCCGGCUAUAAUGCUGAUAUGGGUGACACUGGACUGCUUACCAAGACCAAGGUGGGCAUCAACGAAGCCAUCUAAGACUUGUCCUUGCGAUCAGAGUCUAUGCAAUGUGAAAUUCAUUUUUGGCUAAAUGUGUUAAUUAUAUAAUAAAAAAAAAACUAGUGAAAUAA